UUGAUGUAUUUUCUCCUGGAGGUGGAGUGCCCAGAAAUUCCUGGUGCAACGUGGGUAUGAUUACUGAUACUACGCAAGAUUGUCGGGAUGAGUUAGAUUCUGCCGCUGUACGUGUUGCUAACAUUUUAUCGACAGAACCAGAAAAUGUCAUAAAAGGAGUAGGAGGUGUCGGCCAAGGUGCACAAGUAGCUCUGAACUUUGCAAAGUGGAACGCCGUUGGAGAUCAUACGAUGAAUAUGCGACUUGUAAUAGGGAUAAACUCUUGGAGAAUACCUACCAACAGGAUAGAUUAUGCAUUUGGGGCUGCAAUUCGUGCUUCAUGGCAGUCAAUCCUACUUAUACGUGGAAAUCUCGAACCUAGUAUUCCUUUAUACUUUGCAAAAGAAACUGCUGUCUCCCUUAUAGAUGAUGGAUUUGGAGAAGUUUCGUUUGUACAAUUCCGAAUGCUUGGUCCUGAAAUCACUGUGAGCGUACUGAAAAAGGUCGAAGUCUGGUUGAGCGGGAAGCUUCCACUCGAUCCAAACUAAUAUCAUCCAUGAACUGUUAUCUAUUUUUUUCAGUA